AUGGCCUUGGAGGAGGGGCGAGGGACAGGUCUGGCUAGUUCUGCCCUGUUGUUCAUACACAGGAUUACCUCACAUGUCCCAACUGGCUUCCCCGCCCAUCUGGUGAGGGCUGGCCGUCAGCCCUCCAGCCCCCUUUUCCUUACCUGCCUGGGAAGCCAAACAUGGAUCUUCCCGUCAACAUCAGCUGAGGCUGGAGGCUUCACCCCCUCCGAGACCAUGGACGGAGACAGCCACCUGAAUGCCUCCCCAGCAAGGACGCCUCCAGCCCGGGCAUCGCUGGCCUGUGCGUGCCCAGCCCGGGUACCACCUUCCAGGUCAACGCCCGGCAGGUCAUCGUCUGCCAUGUCAGCCUCCAUGACAUCGUCUCCAACGAGAGUAUUCCUUGUUCGAGCCACACCAGUGAGGGCCGUACCUGUCCAGCCAUCUCCUAACAGGUCCACACCAGCUGCCAGGGCCACCAGGGCCGAGAGCCCAGGUAUCAACUUGCCCAAGUUCACCAGGCAGGAGGGCCUGAAGCGUAUGCUGCUCAUCGGAUGUAUCUUCCUCUUCAUCGCCCUCGUGGUGUUGCUCAUCGUUCUCUUCUACUUCUGGCAGGGCCACAUAGGGAUCAAGUACAAGGAGCCGGUAGAGAGCUGCCCCAAGCAGGCUGUGCGCUGUGAUGGGGUCGUGGACUGUAAGCUGAAGAGCGACGAGCUGGGCUGUGUGAGGUUUGACUGGGACACGUCUCUGCUUAAAUUCUACUCUGGAUCCUCCCAUAAGUGGCUUCCCAUCUGCAGUGACAGCUGGAAUGAUUUCUACUCGAAGAAGAUCUGCCAGCAGCUGGGUUUCAAGAGCGCUUACCGGACAGCCAAGGUGACCAAUAGGAAUUUUGACAGCAGUUUCUCAAUCUCCAAAUAUAGCUCCACCUUCCAGGAGAGCAUCUACAGGUCUGAAUGCCCUUCCCAGCAAUAUGUGGCUCUCCAGUGUUCCCACUGUGGACUGAGGGCCAUGACCGGGCGGAUCGUGGGCGGGGCGCUGGCCCCAGAGAGCAAGUGGCCUUGGCAAGUUAGUCUGCAGUAUGCCCACACCCACAUUUGCGGGGGCACGCUGAUCGAUGCCCAGUGGGUUCUCACCGCCGCCCACUGCUUCUUCAUAAACCCGGAGAAGAUCCUGGAGGGCUGGAAGGUGUACGCGGGCACCAACAACCUGCACCAGCUGCCCGAGGGAGCCUCCAUUGCCCAGAUCAUUAUCAACAGCAACUACACGGACAGCAAGGACGACUAUGACAUCGCCCUCAUGCGGCUCUCUGAGCCCCUGACUCUGACCGCACACGUCCACCCUGCCUGCCUCCCCAUGCAUGGACAGACCUUCAGCCUCAAUGAGACCUGCUGGGUCACAGGCUUCGGCAAGACCAAGGAGACAGAUGAGAGGACAUCCCCCUUCCUCCGGGAGGUGCAGGUCAACCUCAUCGACUACAAGAAGUGUAACAACGAGUUGGUCUACAACAGCUACCUCACCCCGAGGAUGAUGUGUGCGGGGGACCUGCAAGGAGGGAGAGACUCCUGCCAGGGAGACAGUGGGGGGCCCCUGAUCUGCGAGCAGAACCACCACUGGUAUCUGGCAGGGGUCACCAGCUGGGGCGUGGGCUGUGGCCAGAGAAACAAACCCGGCGUGUACACCAAAGUGACGGAAGUCCUCCACUGGAUAUACAGCAAGAUGGAGAGUGAGACACGCUUCCAGAAAGCCUAAGUCUGGCUUCACCGAACGGCACUGGCUGCUGUAAAGACUCUGGCCAAUGUGACCGGGCCACAGGCACCAUCAUCUGGGCUAAAGGCCACCAGACACCAUCGUUACUGCCACCUCCACUGUCUGCUGCCUCUGUGAAUACACCUGUGUGUGUGCAUGGGCACACGUGUGUGUCACUGCUUUCCCAAGGUCUUCAGAAACCAGGAGAGCUGUCAGCUCUUCUCACACGCCAGGCUGGAAAUCACCUGAAGAUAACCGUUUGGACACCAUGGAGGUUCCCACAGGGGUGACCAUAAUGGAUGGAGGAGGUGGAGCCCAGGGAAGGGCCUGGAAGGUCACAUCAGGAAUUCUUGCUUCUCUGACCCUGACUUGGAGACUAGUCCAGAAUGGGUCGCCUCCCCCAGUGGCCCAGCCGUCAACUGCCAUCAAGGGCCAGUAAUAGGUUUCAUGGAGUACCGGGACCAUCCCUAGCAGGAAGAUAUUCCCACUGGCCUCCUGCGCGGCCUCUCCCCUCUCAGCCCUCCUGCUGGGGCCGCGCCGUGGCUGUCCCCGCUGACAACUCAGGACAGGGCUCGCUGUCCUCGUCCAACAGUCACAGGCUGUUGGAGGCAAAUUUCAUUUCAUUUUAUUUUUAUAUUCAAGAAAUAGAAGUAGAUGUAUUUUUUAAAAUUCUCCAAAAAUCCCAGGAGCAAAAGAAUCUAAAAGAAAAAAGAGUGGAUUUACGUACAUAUGUAACUGAAUUACCUUGCUGUACACCUGAAACUAACACAACAUUGUAAAUCAACGAUCCUCCAAUAAAAAUUAAAAAAAAAAAAUUCCAGGAGCCAAGAGAGCUAACAUCAAUCACCUCAGGAACUCAGAGGGACUCCUGGCAGCUGUGCCCCUCUGGAGUCCCACAGAAUGCUCCUGCCCUCAAGGGGCCCUUUGAGAUACUCAGGGAAGCAAAUCCUCACUUGGGCUGGCGGGCAAAUCCAUCACAAAGAGAACCAUGGCCGUUGCUGCAUCCAAGGGCUGCAGGAGCAUGAAGGAACCAAUGCUGCUUCUCUGUUGGCCCUGGAGCCUGGGAAAAUCCAGGUGGAUGGGCAUCCCUGGUACCCAGGGCUGUCCUGGGACUUUGGAAUUUCUUCUCAGCUUUCUCCAUCUUUCACCUUCUCAGAGACACAGUGUUGCCAUGAAAACUGCCUUGGAGAGAAAGCUGGCUCUGUCCCCAGGCCCUCCAAAGAGCUUUUCUGAAGGACCCGAGUUGCCCCUCCUGCAGGGCAUCAGUGCUUCUAGCCCCCGCACCAGCUGAAGUCCUGGACCUUCCCCAUCCUUUUCUCUGGGGCACCCGAUCCUCCCGCAAUCCCAUUCUCCUACCAUCUUUGGGUCUGUCUGGUAGUGCUAUGACUCCCAUCGGCAGGGUCCGAGCAGAUCAGCCCAGCCCAGCCCAGGCAGGCGGCUGCUCGGGGGAUAGACUGUUCUGGAAGAGCAGUUGGAGUUGGCUAGCAUCACUGGGCAGGGUCUGAGGGGCCUGGUGACGUGUUAUCACAGCUGGGUUUUUUGGGGGGACGGCAACAUUCACAUCCACAGCACCCCUAGCAGUGGUCUUCAGCAAUAAAAGUUGUGUGACCUGAAAAA